CCCCAGCAAACAAAUUAGUAAAAAGAAUAGAGUGGAUCCGGAAAACACAUCUCCAGUGCCAAAGAGUAAUGGACUUAUACCAUACGAAGAGAUGUUAGAGAAGCAUAUAAGGAAGUAUAAGAAAAGGAACAGUUCAGAUGCAAAAUUGACUCAUGGUCUCCGCCUUCUACUGAAGCUCCUUCCGAUGAUUAAUUUCCUGUAGUCUUUAUGCUUAUAAAGCAGAACAAGUGAGAAAAAGGCAGCCUGAUGUUUUCAAGCUAAAUAUCAAAUGCACAACAAAGAGCAUUUUUAAAAAAGCUAAUACAUUUUGGCACUCUAAGAAAUCAAGACAGUGACUGGAGAAUGCCAGAAAUCCAUUUUUUCUUUGGUGUUUUGCUUUUCCUGAAUCUCUCUAUUUCCUGCUACUUUUAUGAGCCAAAUACUUUGCCAGACAUUGGAAAUGCAGAGUUUAUUGAGGAAUGUGUCAGAGUGCAUAACAAAUUCCGAUCCAACGUGAAUCCACCAGCUACCAACAUGAAACGAAUGAGCUGGGACCACAAACUAGCAGAGACUGCCAAAGGCUGGGCAAAGAGGUGCCUAUUUCAACAUAAUUAUGACAUCAAAAUACCAGGGAAGGUACACCCCAACUUCACAACAGCUGGAGAAAAUAUUUGGACUGGCUCCUUUCAGAUUUUUAAUGUGACUUCGGCCCUCACUGAUUGGUACAAUGAAGUCGUGCAUUACGACUAUGAUACCAGAUACUGCAGUGAUGUAUGUGGACAUUACACUCAGAUGGUUUGGGCAACAACAUACAAAGUUGGUUGUGCUGUUCUCUUCUGUCGUCAAGUAACAGGCUUUACGUCGAAUGCUGCACAUUUCAUUUGUAACUAUGGGCCUAGUGGCAAUUUUCCAACAUGGCCAUACAAAAGAGGAACACCCUGCAGCGAGUGUGACGAAGAACCGUGUGUAGACAAACUAUGUGGUAAAGUCCAGGAGUCAAUUUCUGACCAGGAUGAAUCAAUUCGUAGCCAGAAGGAGUCAAUUUGUGACCAGUACUGUAUCACCAUUCUAAUACUGAGACCAUCUUUUGCUUUAGGGACUUUAGCAGCAGUCUUCUUUGUAAAGCAACGUUAUCCCACAAUAUUUUUUUAUGAAUAAACUAGCAAUGGAGAUAAAGAGCUGGUGGAUUAAGCAUAGUCAGCUGGUAUAUGGCAUUAACAAUUAAAUGUCAAGUCCAAAGUCUGCUUUAGAGCAGGCUAGUCAACAAAUCCCAUGAACUGUAGUCAGACAUCUGCAGGACACCACACUGGCUAUCCCUGCCUGUUUUGUUUAAAAAUUGAUAGCAGAAAACAAUGCACCCUUUUAGUUCAUGGUUCAAAAGUGAUGUCUGUUUCUGGGGUGGGUUAUUUCUUUACUUACCUGAUUUUAAUGCAUUUAUGUGUUCAUGUACAUCAAUAAAGCAUAACAGGGAGGCAUAAUUUAUGACAUCUUGACCACAAUAUUAAUAAAAUGUAUUAUUUUAAAAAUGA